CUCGGACAGAGUUUAGGGGCGGGGCCUGCAUCCAGUGCUCUGGAGUCCUGAACAGUCCGCGGAAGUACCAAUGGCCGGACCGCGCGUGCGGCUGGUAAUCACCGCAGAUGACUUUGGUUACUGCCCGCGGCGCGAUGAGGGCAUCGUAGAGGCCUUUCUGGCAGGGGCUGUGACCAGCGUGUCCCUGUUGGUCAACGGGGUAGCCGCAGAGAGCGCGGCGGAGCUAGCUGGCAGGUAUCAAAUCCCCACGGGCCUCCACGCAAACCUGUCCGAGGGCCGCCCCGUGGGCCCGGCCCGCCACGGCGCCUCGUCGCUGCUCAGCCCCGAAGGCUUCUUCCUCGGCAAGAUGGAAUUUCGCGAGGCAGUGGCGGCCGGAGACAUAGCCUUGCCCCAGGUGCGGGAAGAGCUGGAGGCCCAGCUGAUACGCUUCCGGGAAUUACUGGGCGGGGAACCCACUCACGUGGACGGGCACCAGCACGUACACGUGCUCCCAGGCGUGUGCCAGGUGUUCGCAGAGACGCUGCAGGCCAACGGGGUGCGCUUCACACGGUUGCCGGUGGAGCGCGGGGUGGGCGGCUGCGCGUGGCUCGAGGCCCCCGCACAUGCCUUCGCUUGUGCGGUGGAGCGCGACGCCCGGGCCGCCGUGGGCCCCUUCUCUCGCUACGGCCUACGGUGGACGGAUGCCUUCGUGGGCCUGAGCACCUGUGGUCGGCACAUGUCUGCUCACCGCGUAUCAGGAGCACUAGCACGGGCCCUGGAAGGCAUACCCACAGGCCACGCCCUGACAGCUGAGCUGAUGGCACACCCCGGCUACCCUAGUGUGCCCCCAGCUGGGGGCUGCGGUGAGGGCCCGGAUGCCUUUUCCUGCUCUUGGGAGCGGCUGCACGAACUGCGUGUCCUCACCGCACCCACGCUUCGGGCCCGACUUGCACAGGACGGAGUGCAGCUCUGCACACUCCAUGACCUAGACUCCAAGAGGCCUGGGGAAGGGGUCCUUGGAGAAGCCACUCUGGAAGCAUUCCUGGAGCCCUCCCCACCAUGCCCCUGACAGCCAGCCAAGCACAAAUGUCCUUUAGUGCACAGACAGGGGGCUGGUGUCAAGCCCUGGGACAGCGUGAAACCAGGCCGAUAGCAGGGGUCCAGUAACAUACUUCCCUGGGCAGGCCCCUGUCAUCUCUGUGUCCAGGUCCUCAUGGCUCAAAAUGGUGGCCAGAGUUUUGGCAACCCAUCUUGGCUGCCGGCAGAUAGGUCCUAUGACAUCUGAGCCUGGGGCCUGCCAAAGCACCCUCCUUGUUCAGAUAUAGUAGAGAGAGAUCACUGUAUUAAUAAAUGUAUGUCUUGUAAACUUGGGUGUUUUUUUUAAAAUUUCAAUUUUUUAAUUUUUUAAAAAAAAAUUUUAAUAAGGUUUUAUUUGUUUGAGAGAGAGAAAGAAAGAAUGAGUAUGGGAUGGGGAGGAGCAGAAAGAGAGAAGUGGACUCUCCACUAAGCAAGGAGCCCAAUGUGGGGCUUGAUCCCAGGACCUGGAGAUCAUGACCUGAACCAAAGGCAGUCAUUCAACCUACUGAGCCACCUAGGGACCCCAAAUCUGGGUGGUUUCUUAAACUGUGCCCUGUGAACUGUGAAAAUGUUCACAUGUGACACAUGACAGGGCAAAAGCAACUCCUUUGGGGCACAAACCUGGUCAUUAUAACAGAAUAGAUAAUACAGAACAUACUCCAAGUUCUAGUUUUGUCCAUGCUUAAUUUUAUUAUUUUGGGGGGAUGGAGGAUGGGAGAACAAUGUCUCACCAGGCUACUUUUUGGAAGGUAAUAUUAUCAUCUCAAGUUUUAUUUAAAAAGUCACCUGUUUUGUUGUUUUGCGGGGCUUGAACUCACGACCCUGAGAUUGAGACCUCAGCUGAGAUCAAGAGUCAGAAGCUUAGCGGACUGAGCCACCCAGGCACCCCAAAAGUCACAUGUUCUAAGCAGACAUCCCUUUGCCAUCCUAGGGGCAGAUCUAAGGAAGUCCUGCAAGCCUAUUCAAAUUUUUCCAGGAGGAACAGUCUUCUGCAGAAAUGGGAUCCAGGACUCCUCACCAGACCUGGUGAUGUGUGUGUGCCCUGUCACUGCGGCUCAUGCAUCUUGGAUCAAGGAGAUGCAGGGAGUUCUUGGGAGCACAGAGCCCUGCCCCGCUCUGGCGUGUGGAAAGGCAGAUUGAACAAUGAUCUAGUAUCUCCAUCUUAACAGACCGAGAAGUAGAAAUGGCAGAGCAGGGCUUUAAAGCUACCUGUUCAUUUAUUCACCAUGCACCGUGUCAGGCAAGGGGUCAGGCGACCAGAGAGCUCUCUCAGCCUAGGCAGCCCCGAGGGAUAUACAGCUUUCUGAAGGUGUUAAGGGUGGGAUCUUGCUUCUCUUUCCUGCUGACCCCAUCCUACACCUCUAUCCCCUUUACUGUGACUUCGGCCCACUCUUUUGUGGCUCCAUCUUUCACACCAACCUUCCCUUGACCAUGGUUCUUUCAGCAUCAGGCUCUUUCCUCCUACCUUUCCUUCAUGGCUGUAAACUGGAAUCACUUAGUUCCUCCUAGUGCCAUGCCCUCACCUCCUUGCCUCAGCCCAUUAGGGUCUGGCCACACUCCUGCAGGCUGCUGACUGGAGCGGGUAGAGGGGUGGUGGGAAGGCAGCCUGUUGGCACAGAGGCACCUCCUUUGGGGAGAAGGUGGGGUUCUGCUAUUUUGCGAGGAGGCAGCUGACUGUGUGGCUCCGAGGAUCAGGAGAGAGGUGUGGGGAGACAGGAGAGAACUGGGAUCUGCACAGAAGCAAGAUGAAGCUGUGGGGGCACCUGGGUGGCUCAGUAGGUUAAAGCCUCUGCCUUUGGCACAGGUCAUGAUCCUGGGAUCGAGCCCCACAUCGGGCUCUCUGCUCAGUGGAGAGCCUGCUUCCUCCUCUCUCUCUGCCUGCCUCUCUGCCUACUUGUGAUCUCUGUCUGUUAAAUAAAUAAAUAAAUAAAUAAAUAAAUAAAUAAAA